UCUAGAAUGAAAGCAAUUGGUCUGAUAGUUGCAUUGUUAGGCUUAGUGCAGGGCUUAAGAGACAGAAGUUGCGAACUCUCACCGUUUGUCCAAGGAACAUGUUUUGAAUUAACAAUGCUAUAUUCCUAUAUGGCAGAUAGGAAUGAAUGCGUAUUCUGGCAUGGCUGCCUACUAGAUGGAAAUCAUUUCACAAACAAAGAGGACUGUGAGGCAAAAUGCAAAAUAUAGUUUUUAAAAAUAAAAAGAUUUGAAAAAACAA